AUGUCUGCCACGGUCUUGCUAGACAGCCAGCACUCGCAUUAUACAAACCUCGACACUCUUUCGGGUCGCGUUGUAUUGAGUCUUCCAACGGAAGCCGCCAUUGCAGGUAUCCAAGUUAAAUUGGAAGGGGUUAGCCAAACAAGACUAUCCGGACCUCGGCAUCCACAAAAUGUGAAUUCCGAAAAGAAACGAACAGAGCUAGAGAUUCACAAGAUCCUGUAUAAGGUUGCGACUGUCUUCCCUACACCAGCUGUCGUACAAACGGGGCCUGCCGCAGCCUCCUAUACAUUUGCACCGGGCUCUUAUGAAUAUCCCUUCCAGUUCAAGCUCCCUUUCAACAAUGCCUGCAGCAACCAAAACAGUAUGCGUACAAAUCUUAACUUCAACAACUUCAAAGUUGAGAUGGCUCGUGACACCAAUCGACAUGUGAAAAAGACUCUCCCCCCUUCAUUGAGUGGGUUCUCAGGCAUGGCAGAGAUUCGAUACUUCGUCAAGGCUACUGUUAUUAGGCCUCAGUUCUACAAAGAAAACUUCCGAGCGGUUGUACCUCUAAUGUUUCUUCCCAUUGAGCCCCCGCGAACCGGGAAUCCUAACGAAGAAACCUACGCGAGGCGGCCGCAUCAUUUCUCCAAAUUUCAGCCAGGGAAAUCGAAGAAGAAUCUCUUCUCUAGAACAUCGAAAGAUGACAAUUUCGAGCCUCCGCGCGUAUCUGUGGAUGCACGACUUCCAAAUCCCUCUAUUCUCACCUGCAAUGAACCUGUUCCACUCCGGCUACUGGCUAGGAAGCUAUCAGAAGGACCGGACAUGAUUUAUCUUCAAAUGCUCCAGGUAAAUCUGAUCUCUUUCACCAAGGUCAUUGCGCAUGACCUCACCCGCGAAGAAACCAAUACCUGGGUAGUAGUGAGUCGCAGCAACAUGGGUGUUCAGAUUGGAAAACCAGAUGAUCCGGCUGGUACAGACUGGGCCAUCGACCCCAACUUGUGGAACAAGGUGCCUUUGCCAAAUUCAGUGGCCCCUUCGUUUGAAACGUGCAACAUCGAGCGACGAUAUGAGGUAGAGAUUACCGUAGGACUGACUCAUGGCACACCAGGAAAUAUGAAGCCACAACUUAUCGUUCUGCCCCUUCGAAUGCCAGUCAAGGUGUACUCGGGCAUUGCUCCUCCCCAGGCUCUCUUGGACGCUAUGGCAGCGACGACUCAACCCUCAUCAGCUUCCAAAUUGACAUCCCAACCAACCUGGCCUACAGAUAACCAUACUGAAAAUCCACCUCCGAUGCCGCCUCGUCCAGCUGGACCUGUACCUGUACCAGCAGAUUCAACGGCAGCAUAUGAUGACGCGCCCCCAAGUUAUGAGGACGCAAUGGCAGAUAAUCUUAGCCCAGUAGAUGGACCACGCCGCGAGUAUCACCCACCAGACGCCUCUUCCUCCCGGAAUACAGUGGAAUCUGGAACUGAUGCCAAAUACCCAGUCGAAGCUGGCCGGACACAUGAGGGAGGCUCCAUCCCUGCUCCGGAGGGUAGCCUCACUUCUAGGGUCAUCGAGCCCCGUUCCUCCUCCGAAUCCUUCGAUAUGCUACCUAAUACCCCUCCCGAAUCUCCUUCCGGCUCACCACCUGGCUCCCCUGUGAGACGCUCUCAGAGUAUUAUGAAAGUCCGUGGUAAUCCAGUGGAAGACGAUAGUCCGCCCCAGUACCAACCCGUGGCAGAUGGCCCGCUCCAAGCUCCAGACAAUACAAUCCAACACCGACCGUCGCAGAAUAGCCUGCGCCCUAUGAAUCUAGGUGUACCCUCCCGGAAGCCGGUCCCUCGAAGCCCGGUUAGGCGACCUACCACCUGA